AUGGUUUAAAAUGAUUCUGAAGCCACAAAGUAAUCCUGUGAAUAGCAGACAGGAUCCAAGAAAAUCACCAAGCAGCAUGGCCACUGGAAUCAGGCAGAGCACAAUACCUAUCUCAACUUUUUAUUAGAGAAUGCAAACCACACCAAAGGCUAAAGAUUAUUUAAGAGAAUGAGUUAAGUUGUUGGCACUCGUACACCUAGUUAAUGCAGGUAAGAACCCAUAAUAUAAGAUCGCAUCACUAAAAAUUUAAUCCAUAAAAGGCAAAAUCUUCUUAUAUAGAUACAAGAUUUUAGAGAUCCAAGCAAUGUGCCAGAAGCUACUUCGCUUAACACAAAUAAAUCGAUGAAGAUGGCCAAUGAAAUGACUUUUGUAUAUUAUACUCAAAUGUUGUUAACCUUAUCCCAAGAUAGUAUCAUGGCCAAUUCAAAACUAUAAAACAUAUAAAAUUGA